GUGACGUGUGUCAAAAUGGCGGAAUUUGAUAUUGGAAAGCAUUGUAACAUCGAAUCCUGCAAUCAAAAAGACUUUCUUCCAUUCGUCUGUGACAGUUGCUCCGGAGUGUUCUGUCUUGAACAUAGAAGCAGAGACUCCCACUGCUGCCCUGAGGUUUCAGUAAAGAGGGAGGUCUCUGGGUCUGGGGCCAGUACAUCAUACCCAUGCACAUUUGACAACUGCAAAGGCAGGGAGCUGCUUCCUGUUAUCUGCCCAGAGUGUCAAAAACACUUCUGCCUUGCUCACCGGCAUCAGGAUGAUCAUAAAUGUGAGAAGAUGGAGACACCCAGGCCUCGUAUGGCAGCUACACAAGAACUUGUGCAAAAGAUAGUAGAGUCCAAGAAGAAUGCACCAAAAACUAAAGGCAGAAAAGGGGCAAAAAAUAGCUCUACAGCUGCUAAAGUUGCCCUUAUGAAGCUUAAGCUACAUGCAUCUGGAGACAAAGGACUGCCCCAGACAGAGCGGACGUAUUUCCAGGUGUUUUUACCAAAGGGGGCUCCCAGUUCCACUUUGCCCAUGUUCUUUAGCUCGAAGUGGAGUGUGGGUAAAGUGGUGGAUUUCGCUGCAUCUCAGGCUAGUCUGAAGAACAGCAACAACAUGCUCACGGCCAUGAAACUGCGUCUGUGUCAUCCUGAAACCGGCGAGGCCCUUAAAAUGGACGCCAGUCUCCAGUCACUGCUCUCUCUCCCAGACCUUCCUCUCUACAAUGGGGGCAAUGUCAUCCUGGAGUAUCUAGAUAGUGAAAGCUCUGGGGUGGAGGAUGUGGCUGCCUACAUCCCACCCUCCUGAUCCAGCGGCACCCGAGGACGCAUACAUAGGAGCAGGCAUGUACAGCCUGACUGGUGUGUCCUCCUUCAGUCAGUGGCCGGCUUCACCCCACUGCUGAUACAGGAGGAAACAGCUUAAAA